CGAUUAAAAGUAGAUCAAAGGCCCAAUUUAAAAUCGAGAAGGCCGAAGGUCUGGUAAACAACGAAUGUCUCUCUGCAACAGCCACGACAGAGUUUCAGAAGUUAUGCGCCGUUUCAGAAGCUAUCACCUUCCCAAAUCACCUUUACGAAUUCAAUCAUUCAACGACGAACAUCACAAUAACUCCGACGAAGUGCAACAGAUUACGAACACCGGCCAGAUUACGAAGACUUGCGGCGCUAGGUUAUUUCUCAAAGAUGAGAACAACUUCGGAUAAACCAAAGAAGCAUGCAUUGGUGCUAAAAGAAUAGAGACAAUUUAACUAUGAUUUUGUUGUUCCUCAGAUGUUGUUCCUGGAGCUAUUGUAGUAAUGUUAUCUACUUGUAAUAUUAGCCAAACCAAACGGUGGUACGCUGUAUUGCCCUCUCCGUUUCCAGCUGCUUCUCUCCCCCUUAGUCGGAUGCAGCCUACACCACGCCGUUCGUCUUAUAUCCCCACCGACCAAGAUUUUGUAUUGGCGAAAGCUUAGAAGAAACAAGCUGAGAAGAAGCCAGCACCGGAGAAGACACCUCCUGCAACCGAAAAAUGGAGGCCGAGAAGAAGCCAAAGGGCGGGAUGACUGUACCAUUUAAUCCCAAACCCUUCCUGAACAGUUUGAUUGGGAAGACUAUUAUUGCAAAAGUCAAGUGGGGAAUGGAGUAUAAAGGGUUUUCUUGUCUCUGCUGAUUCAUACAUGAACUUGCAGUUAGGAAAUGCAGAAGAAUAUGUUGACGGACAAUCCACUGGAACUCUUGGAGAGAUCUUGAUCAGAUGCAAUAAUGUCCUAUAUCUUCGUGGGGUACCUGAGGACGAAGAAUUGGAGGAUGCAGCAAACCUUGACUAGGACACCUAGAAAUUGGGAAUAUGGCUGGUUGUUGGAGUAUUGUAGUGGUGAACUGGUGUCUUUAUUAAGAAACCAACAACAUUUUGCAGAUUAUGAAAUCCAUUAUAUGUAUGACCAUAGGCAUUUUCAUGCUUCGAAACCAUGUGGUUUUGAUCUUUGACCUACAUUCAGCAUUAGCCAUUUAUCUUGAAAAGUUGUUUGCUUAAUUGCUUGUUUUUGUUUGGCCAGAUCAGUCCAGAGGGC